CCUCCUCGUCGUCCUCGUCGGUCCCGGAGAGAGCGGCGGAAGGUGCAUUUUGAAGGGAUGAAGUUUUAAAAGGUGUUUACCUGUCCAGCCGGAAGAUGGGAGCAAACAGCAGCAGCAUUAGUGAGCUUCCUGAAAAUGAAUAUCUAAAGCGAUUGUCUGGGACAGAAUCUGUGUCUGAGAAUGACCCAUUCUGGAAUCAGCUGCUUUCUUUUUCUUUUACUGCACCAACGAACAGUGCUGAGUUGAAGCUUUUGGAGGAAGCAACCAUCUCAGUCUGCAAGUCUCUAGUUGAAAACAAUCCUCGGACAGGAAAUCUCGGAGCGCUGAUUAAGGUCUUCCUUUCUCGAACUAAAGAACUAAAGAUUUCAGCAGAAUGUCAAAACCACCUCUUUAUCUGGCAAGCACACAAUGCCUUGUUUAUCAUUUGUUGUCUGUUAAAAGUGUUCAUCUCUCAGAUGACCGAGGAGGAAAUGCUGCUUCAUUUUUCAUAUGAAGAACAAUCUCCAGGGACAUAUGGUGUUGAAUCUGAAUCUGAAGAUCUUAUAGAAGAGCUGCUUUGCUGCUUGAUUCAGUUGAUCAUUGACAUUCCCCUCUUAGACAUAACGUAUGGAAUUUCACUAGAAGCAGUGUCAACAUUGGUCGUUUUCCUUUCCUGCCAACUCUUCCACAAAGAAAUUCUGAGGGAGAGUAUCAGUCACAAAUACCUGAUGCGUGGUCGAUGUCUUCCUUACACCAGCAGACUUGUGAAAACGUUGCUUUACAACUUCAUCAGACAAGAAAAGAGACCUCCCCCUGGGGCUCACCUCUUCCCCCAGCAGUCCGAUGGUGGAGGCCUGCUUUACGGGCUGGCUUCAGGAGUGGCAACUGGGCUGUGGACGGUCUUCACUCUGGGUGGAGUAGGAAGCAAAUCAACCCCCCAGCAGGAUGAGGCCUCACCUCUAGCCAGUCAAAGUGUCCUGCUUCUGCUCGUGUUGGCUAACCUGACCGAUGCUCCGGAUACCCCAAACCCCUACAGACAAGCCAUUACAUCAUUUAAAAAUACGCAAGAUAGCACUGCUUUUCCCACUUCCAAUCCUCAUGCUUUCCAGAUAAAUUUUAACAGUUUAUAUACAGCUUUGUGUGAACAGCAGAAGUCUGAUCAAGCCACCCUCCUCUUGUACAUGUUACUCCAUCAGAAUAGCAAUGUAAGGACGUACAUGUUGGCUCGUACAGAUAUGGAAAAUCUCGUUUUACCAAUCCUUGAGAUUUUGUAUCAUGUCGAAGAAAGGAAUUCACACCAUGUAUACAUGGCUCUGAUCAUUUUGUUGAUUCUUACGGAAGAUGAUGGCUUCAAUCGAUCUGUCCAUGAAGUGAUACUGAAAAAUAUCACUUGGUAUUCAGAACGGGUUCUAACAGAGAUUUCACUGGGGAGUCUCCUGAUAUUGGUGGUAAUAAGAACAAUUCAGUACAACAUGACAAGAACAAGGGACAAAUAUCUUCACACAAAUUGUUUGGCAGCUCUAGCAAACAUGUCAGCCCAGUUUCGUUCACUUCAUCAAUAUGCAGCUCAGAGGAUCAUCAGUUAUACGAGCCGCCACUUGCGGAGAUAUGUAUAUGUCUUGGACAAACUGUAUUUCCCUCACCCUCACUGCUCUACGCUGCAGCAAUGCUUCUCGACCCUCAGUGACAAUGGAGAGGAACUCUUGUCUUUAACUUGCUCUCACAUUCUAAGAUCCUAUGCUUCCAGCUUAUUUUCUUUGCUGUCUAAAAAACAUAACAAAGUUCUGGAACAAGCUACACAGUCCUUGAGAGGUUCCACAAGCUCUGAUGAUGUUCCUUUGCCAGAUUAUGCCCAGGACCUAAAUGUAAUCGAAGAAGUGAUUCGAAUGAUGUUAGAGAUCAUCAACUCCUGCCUGACAAAUUCUCUCCAUCAUAAUCCAAACUUGGUUUACGCCCUGCUUUACAAACGGGACCUCUUUGAACAAUUUCGUACACACCCUUCAUUUCAGGACAUAAUGCAAAACAUCGACCUGGUGAUCACCUUCUUUAGCUCACGGUUGCAACAGGCUGGAGCUGAGCUGUCGGUGGAACGAGUCCUGGAAAUCAUCAAGCAGGGGGCUGUUGCUCUACCCAAAGACAGACUAAGAAAAUUUCCCGAGCUGAAGUUCAAGUACGUGGAGGAGGAGCAGCCUGAGGAAUUCUUCAUCCCCUACGUCUGGUCCCUGGUGUACAACUCUGCCGUGGCCCUAUACUGGAACCCUCAGGACAUCCAGCUUUUCACGAUGGACUCUGGCUGAUGCAGGCACCCCACCUCCCUCCCCUCCCCUAUUUCCCUAGCCACAAAGCAGCUUUUCUAAAUACCUUAUUCUUGGGGGAAAAGAAAAAAAAAACCCGCCAGACUGUCAGCUCGGGUGCAUACUUCAGACCUGAGGCUUCAGAGGAUGGAGCUUGCUAGCCAUGUACAGUUUGAUUUUGAGACUUGGUACUAGGCUGCAGCAGAAUGCUGAAUGUUGAUCGUGGUGCACAAAAAAGAAAUAAAAAAGUAUAUGUGCAAUA